GCGGAACGCGUCGCUGAAGCUCCUUCCCCUUCCCCUCCGCCGGCGCCCGCUGCCACUGCGCGCGGAAAGAGGCCGCCAUCGCUCGAAGGAGGUUGCCAUCGCCCAGGAGGCAAUCGGCGUCGCGCCAAGGAGAGCCGCCAACGAGGAGUCGUGCUGAUCUCUCACCGGCGCUCACCAGUUUCUGUCCGCGAGGGGUCGUCUCCUGACGGCAGCGGUUAAGUAGCGGGUGGCCUGCACGUAGAUCGAACAGGACAAUGGCCAACGCUGCAGCGAACGACGAGAGUACGAGUCCGCAGGGCGAUAGCGAGAUGAUGGACGUCGACCCUCGGGUUGCGGAGUUUCUUCAGGGGCUGCCGAAGACCGUACGGGUGCGUGUGGAAGAGUUGCAGAAACUUCAGGAGGAGCACGACGAAGUGGAGGAGAAGUUUCGCGAAGAGUUGGCUGCCCUAGAGAGGAAGUAUGAGAAGUUGUACGAGCCUUUUUAUGUCAAAAGAGAGGCGAUCGUUUCUGGUGAAGCUGCGGCUGCUGUCGCUAAGGCCGGUGCUGAUGACGGAGUGAAGGGAGUGCCAGAUUUCUGGCUGACUGUUUUCAAGAACCACGACGACCUGGGGAGGCGCAUCACUACCCGGGACGAGGAAGCUCUGAAGCACUUGAAAGAUGUCAGAUGUAGUCGUUUGCAAGAAGAUGGAAACGACGCCAGUUUCAAAUUGGAAUUUGUUUUCGCUCCCAAUCCGUUUUUCAGCAACGAGAUUCUGACGAAGACUUACCACAUGGACGACGAUGACGGCGAGCCGGUGUUGGACAAGGCGGUAGGSACGRCCAUMGAGUGGAAGAAGGAKAAUCUCUGCCAGGCGGCGAAAUCGGCGGCUGUGAGAAAAUCUGCUCGCACGAACGGUGAGGAGAAGCCCUCGGAGGCUAAGGGUGAUGGCGAGGAAGAUUGCGAUAGCUUUUUCACGUUCUUUACGCCUCCUGAGAUCCCUGAAGACGAGGACAAGCUGGACGACGUGGAGAUGGAGGAGCUUCACCAAGAUUUGGAGGAUGAUUACGAGCUGGGAAUCUCUAUAAAGGAGCAAAUCAUUCCACACGCUGUGGCAUGGUACACCGGCGAAGCCGUCGACGACGAGGACGAGGACGAUGAAGACGACGAGGAUGAAGAUGAUGAAGCUGAACAGCAAUAGAAGCUUGUGGUGGGAGUAGGAGCAAUAGGGUUUUCGUUCGUUGCUAGGUUGAUUUCUUUCCAGUUUUGCAUUCGCUCGGAGGAUCGCCAUUGCCUGUGAUAGUAGUGUUGUCAUUUGCCACCUCUUCAUCUGGUGCAAUGGGUCUUUUAUGGCUUUCUGUCCGUCCUCCCUCGGGAUUCCCGAUCUGGGUCUUCUCUUCGCAGCAGAGUCGUGUUGAAGUUUGUGUGUUAGUUAAAUCUCUCUGCUUGUCUUUUCUGGUUUUUCUAGUCUUUACCAUUUCCGUCCGGAUGAGAAAAAAUAUGCCUGUUUCCAACUCCACCAUUCUGAAUGCGUGCGCUGUGGACUAUGUUCUGCCCGGAAAGAGUCGUGGUGCCUGUUUGCGAUCCGCUGAAGGGGAGAGAGGUGGACCAAUCACCACCUCUCAGCCUGAUCGCCUGCUGGAAACUGAUGAGCGAUGUGUUGGUGAUUAUGUGGUGAUGCUUGAUGCGAUUGUUUCUUUCUCUAUCGUGUGCAACGAGCGAUGGAAAUAGGUUAUGGCAUUGGUUUAGCAGUGUGAGCAACUCGUGUUUGAGAGAUUCGUCGGCGUGGGGGCACACGGCACAAUGGAACUGAGGCGGACGGUGGUAGUUUUUUCCAGUUCAGCGCAUGUGUUCUCUCUUUACCGUCGGUUCAGUCAGGUGUGUCUGUCGUAGUGGAAGAAUUUGGUUGGCAUUUCGUUGUGGAAUUUUGAGAAUAUGAUUUGUUGUGAAGAACUCUUGUUGGCUUGUGCCUCGUCUUUGAUCAGCAGAAGCACAUACCCUUUUUCAACAUUUCCGUGCUCCUGAUGGCGCUCUUUGUUGUAUGUUUGUGCUUGUUGCGUUUGUGUGUAUCUGAAUGUUUUCUUAUCUAACUGUUUAUCCAUGGUCUCAUGGAUUUUGGAAAACCUGUUGUAUGUAGGUCCGUAUGGACAUAAAACGUGACCUGUCUAUGAUAUCCAGGGAUAUAGUGCUCGUGUUGGGGUUCGAGUCUGGUGCGUGUACGUGUUAAUUGUGGAUGUGGUUGUCCGUUUUCAUCACGCAUGUUAUGAAGAUCGGUUUUGUUGCUUAUUAACGUCCGUGCAGCGGCGCUUCUCUGUAUACAUAACGUGAUUAUCAGACUCAGAGUGACGGUGCCCGGUGUGUGGGUUUUAUCUUCCUUGCGGUGUGGGAGUCAUGGUGACAUGAAUUGCGGAGUAUUUAUUGGACUAGACGUUGGCAAAAGCUAUUGGCCGU